AUGGAUCUCGAAGAAUCCAUCAGCAACCAAACUGACGUCGGACUGGAGAUAACGAAGCAACUGCUCCAAACUGAGUUCAAAGAUAAGAACAUGGUGUACUCCCCAGUAUCUAUCCACAUCGUGCUGAGUCUAAUAGCAGCUGGGAAAACUACUUCCGAUCUGGACCAGUUUCUGUCUUUCCUCAAGUCCAAGUCCGUCGAUGACCUCAACUCCCUCGCCUACAUUCUCGUAACUUCCAUUUUGGUGGAUGCAUCCAGCCGCGGCGGGCCAUGUUUGAACUUCGCCAAUGGUCUCUGGGUCGACGAGUCUCUCCCACUGGAUCAUUCUUACGAGAAGGUUCUGUCCACUUCCUAUAAGGCGGCUCUAAACCACGUCGAUUUCAAAUCCAACCCCGAGGGAGUGAGAACCCAAGUGAAUUCCUGGAUCAACAAGGAGACCAAUGGCCUUAUCCCUGAGAUUCUUUCUCCGCACUCAGUCACCACCCUAACGAGUCGUAUCUUCGCAAACGCCUUAUACUUCAAAGCAACUUGGGACGAUGAGUACUUUGACGCAUCAAGAACCAGAAAAGGUGAGUUUCACCUUCUGAACGGGGAUUUAGUUAAGGGAGUGCGUUUCAUGACCAGCCGUCAUCGCCACUCGAUAAGUGCCUAUGAUGGUUUUAAAGUCUUGAGUCUUCCUUACAAACCAAGUCGAGAUUACAAGGACAUGCGAGGUUUUUAUAUGCACUUGCUUCUUCCAGAUGCAAGAGAUGGGCUGCCAGCUCUGGCCGAGAGGGUUUUUAGAUCGUCAUCUUCAAUGGAAUGA